GAAAGACGAUCGAUCAAUUCAGCUUCUUCCAUAGCAGUCGUUCUGCAUAUGCGCUUGCUUGUCACCAAGCUUGCAGGCAAGCCAUGGAGCCACAGAAUCUGCAGGCUGCAUCGACCUACAUCAACAAUUUACUAUUGGCCAGGGGUUUGUUGAAAAGCGGUCACCCCAUCGAAUUCGCCAAUCCCGAGGAUGAAAAUGGAGGCUCAGCAGCCACCAUGGGCAGGAUCAUUAACUUGGUCAAUGAUCUGGUCUUGCGGAGAGACCGCGAAGCCGAGCACCGAGAGAGCCUCGCGACCACGAUAAGGACGCUGCGAGCGGAGGAAUCGCAGAAGACUGCGGAGUUGGAAAAAUUCCAAACGAGAACAUCCGAACUCACUCGAUCUCUGGCCCUGGCCGAAGCGCAAGAACGGUCCUUGAAAGCCAACCUUUCAGGGGCUGAGACGACUAUCCGAGGAUUGAAAGACCAAGUACAGCGAAUGAGGGCCACUAUUCAGCAGGUCAGAGCUCAAUGCGCCAACGACAUCCGCAAGCGCGACGCCGAAAUGCAGAAGCUCAAGAUGCACUUGACAGAACGCCAAAGGGGAAGGAGGGAUGGUCUGACGGUCACAACCAUCAACAUUAACCCGGCUACUGGUCAGCGUCCGCGACCAAGAUCUAUCGCAGGGGGUGAAGGCCUUAGCAAUCCUGGUUAUAGCUUGAAGCAAGAGACGAAUGACUUCCUGACGGAGCUCUGCCAAAACCUAAGCGACGAAAACGACACCCUAAUCAACCUCGCGCGCAAUACAGUUGAGACUCUUAAAGAGCUUCAAGGAUUAUCGUCUUCUGAUGAGGAGGAAGCUAAAUUCACCGGCGUCAUGAGCGUGGGGGCUCCGAAAUUGUCCCACGGGUCGGUAACUAGUCUUCCGGCCACUUGUGAUGAACUUUCGGAUCAGAUGGAUCGUGUACUCGAUCAUCUCAGGACUUUGCUCACCAACCCUUCGUUUGUGCCGCUUGAGGAAGUCGAAGUGCGUGACGAAGAGAUAAAACGUCUCCGCGAGGGCUGGGAGAAGAUGGAGGGCAGAUGGAGCCAGGCGUUGACAAUGAUGGAUGGCUGGCACAAGCGCAUCGCUGACGGAGGACACUCGGUGCAGGCAGAAGAGCUUCGUCGAGGAAUGGACCUCAACUUUCGCCUGGAUGCAACUCAGAAGUUAGCAGGAGACAGUGAUCAGGACGAGGCCAUGCGGUCACCUAUCUUUGAGGAUCGUCACGUUGAGAAAGAAGAGCAGACAAUCGCGCAACCUAUCUCCGACAAGACAAAUCGCCCCCUACCUGACAGAAAAAUCAAACCACCGUCUGGCGAAAUAAAGGUAAAGAAGAACAGUAAGGCCUUGAAGGAGAAAAGCGACAAUAUCAUGGCAGGGCGCUCCCCUAGGAAAGUUUCAUUUACAAAGGGGCUCCAGAACUCUCCCGGCGCUGCCACGCCCGCUGAAGACGAAACGUUGCAGGUGAAAGCUCACCGCUCGGAAAUGGUUACGCGUAGAACAUCCAAGAAGAAGGCAGAGCCUAAGGCUGCUCCUCACCAAAGUCCAAAUCCACCGCGGAUGAGUGUACCGCAGAAGCUGGAAGCAGUAGAAAACGAGGCUCGGGCUGCCGAGCAAACACGCAAAGAAAACGAGAGCCGCAAGCGAGGACGGAAUCUCAAGGGGUCCAGCAAAGGGCAGCGAGACCGACGUAGAAGUACCCUCACCAGUGACGAGCUUGGCGAGCUGAUGGGAAUGUCUUCGAGAUAAACUUACGGCUUACUACAUGUCUGAUGAUGAACCUGUUCGAUACCCCUGUCUAAGUGUCUAAGUAUAUAUUAUUCUCUGUCUACUGUUGCAGCACAGUCCUCCAAGACGAC